AUGGUAAGAAUGAUGUCUGAAAUCAAGCAAGACAUGGGAUAUAUGAGACAAGAAUGGAAGCAAGACAUAAGGCAAGAAGUUUCAGCUAUGAGACAAGAGGUCUCAAACUACAGGGAAGAGUCCAAUUCCUCAAUUCACAAUCUGGAAACUCAGCUAGCCCAAGUUACCAAAUCAUUAGCGGAGAGGCCCCGGGGAGAACUUCCUAGUACCACAGAAAAUAAUCCUCGGGAGAGAGUUCAAGCCAUUACCUUGAGAAGUGGCAAAGAACUUCCAGAUCCUAUAUUGCAGAAGGGCUCCACUUCAAAGAGCCCAACUGAGGAAGCAAAUCUGAAGGACCAUGAUGAGAAGGAAACUGAACAGAACACCAGCACAAUCCCGUCUACUAAUCAAAAUGCCAAGAAAGCCUUCGAAAAAGGCAAAGAAAAAAUUGAUGUUCCAAUUUACAGGCCACCACUCCCCUGUCCAGGUAGGGUAAAGAAAGACGUGGAUAAAAUGCAAUAUGAUGCUUUGGGACAAAUGCUCCGAUAUGCCAAGUUCUUGAAAGACCUCCUCACCAAUAAGAAGAAAUUGGAAGAAUCAACCAAUGUGGUACUGGGCGAGGAAUGUUCAGCGAUCGUGCACAAGGACAUGCCUCAAAAGCUGAAAGAUCCUGGGAGUUUUACAAUUCCUUGCCAAAUAGGUGAAACUGAUUUUCAUAAGGCUUUAGCUGAUUUAGGUGCAAGUAUAAAUCUUAUGCCCUUUGAUCUUUUUAAGAAAUUAGAUUUGGGUACUCUUAAACCAACACGUAUUUGUAUUCAGUUAGUUGAUCGUCCAAUCAAACAUCCCAAAGGGGUGAUUGAAGACGUGUUGGUUAGAGUUGACAAAUUUAUUUUUCCUGUGGAUUUUGUCAUAUUAGACAUGGAUCCUGACAUUGAGGUGCCACUAAUCCUUGGUAGACCAUUUUUGGUAACUGCAAGGGCACUCAUUGAUGUUGGGAGUGGGAAGCUAGUCAUUCGUGCUGGUGACGAGUGUGCUAGUUUUGACGUGUCUAAGUUGACUAAAUACCCCUUGUCUGCUAAUGAUUCUUGUUAUUUUGUGGAUAUCUUGCAUGAGCAUAUUGAGUCUAUAGUGCCCGAUUUGGUUUGA